AGUCCCGCCGCUCUCUCCUGCGCUGCUGGCGGCUGGGGCCGCGCUGGGUCCCUCAGCGCCGGGCUGAGGAGGAGGAGGAGGAGGAGGAGGAGGAGGAGGCGGCAGCUCGCUUUGGCUUGCCUCGCCUCACCCCGCCGCGGUGGACGGAGCUUAUUCUUUAACCGCUUUCGUCUGCCUGCCUGCUGAGAGGCCGCGCUACCCGCCCGACCGAGAAACUGGCUCGUCUCCUGUUCCCCCGUGGGCGGGAGCGGCUCCCCCCUUCCCCGGCGGGCUGAGGGGAGCUCCCUCCGCCCCGGCGCCGAGGGGCUGAAGGAAGGCAUUGCUCCCUUCUCCCUCCCCAAAGUGUCUCUUCCUCACCGCAGCGAGAGUCCUUCGUUCUCCUGAACCCUUCCCUGGCGGGGAGAGGAAGGGAAGGGAUCCCGCUGCCCUUUCAGCCCUGUCAGGCUGGGCUCCCCUGCCCUUUGCUCCCCGUCAGGCGGAGGCUGAGUCAGACAUCUCGCAGGCUGCUGGCAGCUGGGGAAAGAAGCUGGCUCCUACCUCGAAAGGGUGGUCGUUUUCCCUCUCUUUCCCGCUUUCUUUCUCCCCAUAGGUGGUGGGGCUGGACCGGGGCGAACUCUUCCUUCGAGUCCUUCGGCCUGUGAAACCCCUGCUAUGGCUGUCGGUGGGGUCGGGACCUCGCUCCUGAUGAUGGCCGGCAUCAUGGUAGCGGUGGGGCUGUGCAGGAGAUUGACCCGCCGCCGGCUGCGCUACCGCCGGCGCCUUUGCACUUUUCUUUUGGAGAUGUUUAGCACCUUCCAGAUUUGCGCCUGCACUAACGAGCUGUCCCUGCUCAGCAGUGUGGAGCUGAAGCAGCAUAUCGCCCUGACUUUCACCUACGGUUUCACCGUCCUGCACGGCCUGACCCUGACUGGUUGCACAUGCAAUCCCUGUGGCACCUUGCAGCCAAUGUGGGAAGGUGGGAUAUCGGUCAAGAUGGGUGGACUCAAGAUCGCUGCUCAGUUCGUGGCCGCAGCACUUGCUAGAGCGUUUAUGCACUUUAUCUGGAGCCUGGAAAUGGCAGAGCCACAUUUUGGAGCACUCUCAAAGGGCUGCAGCAACCCUAUGCAGACUACAGAGAUGCAGGCGUUUUGCAUAGAGCUGCUCUUUUCUGUUGUUUUCCAGCUGACCGUCCUGCGAGUGGAAAGUGUUAAUCCCAAAUACAAAGUCCAUUUGACUGCUCUUCUCAGCACCAUGCUCGUUUAUGCAGGUGGCAAUCUCACAGGAGCAUUAUUUAACCCAGCAUUGGCUUUUUCAUUACAUGCAAAUUGUUUCUAUGACAAAUUCUUGAGUUACUCACUAGUAUAUUGGAUAGCACCAUCCUUAGGUACAAUACUUGUGGCUUUUAUAUGGGAUGAAAUCCUUCCUCGGAUAUCCUGAGAUGUCAGAUUCUGAAAUCUAGCAGCACUAUACUAAAAAAUACUUUCAACGUGUGCAGACAUGGAGCUUUCAGAAAACUGCUGACAAGGACUUCCACACCACCUUUCAGUUGUAUUUUCGGAUUUCACGUUUGAAAUAUCUGACUUACAACUUUGUAUCCGAAUACUUAUUUUGUAAUAGCGUACUGGGAUUUUGGGAAUAUCCGCCCACACCUUCAGUUAAGCCAUACGAACGCGAAGGACUGUUGAAACAUUGAAACAUUGUCACUUUAGCCAUAAGUGCCGUUUGCUGACCGUUAGUACAACAGCAUGCAAAACUAAUUUUCGAGAAAUACCCAAUCCUUUCAAGGUUUGAUUUUAUUGGAUUUCUUCCCAUAGAAGGCACCUGCAAAAAAGGAGCUGAAGAUUGCAUUCUUAUAGUGACCUCAUCAUAUUCCUAACUUGCAAUACGCGUACCUCCAAGAGGAAGGAAGGCCGCACCACUCCCUAGAAGAGUCUCCACAGCUCUGUUCUAGAGGUACCCCACACCAAAAGUCAAAGUCAGUAGGACCAGCCCUGUUUUAAUAAUACCCCAGCGCAGGUAAGUAACCCCUCGCUUCCUUUCCAGAAGGCUCUGCCCCAUCCGGUCUCGCUAUAGUCUGCGGAGUGUCGUGGUUGGCCAGAGUGGUAACGAAGUACCAUAAAAUUCUGUAGACGCACACAUAAAAGUGCAUUUUAGGCAAAAAAACCCACCCAACCUGCUUUACCUGAGAUUACUGCUGCCUCUUCACAUAGUAAAAUAGACACAGUAUAUAGGAAUGAAUCAUGUGGAACUUGAUUUGUACUUGAUUUUAUGUAACUCUUAUCGGAUAUUUUUCUUUAAAUAAAUGAAUUUGCAAUAUAAGAGAAUAAACAAAAGAGCUAAAACCACAGGAAAGCUACAAACCCAAACUGGCACAAACGCCCUUUAUAGCAUUAGCUGAGGUGAAGAGCACCAAUAGGUACCUUCCUCUGAAGCGCUGUUUGUAGAAUGAGGUUUCUUCUCCUGGAUGCCUCAAUUUUUAUAUAUACCGAAAUACAUUGAUAAAUUUAAGACCAAAUUCAAGUUUUCACUUUAUAGUUGUUAGGUUUGAAAGGAGAGCUGAUUGACAAGUUCUACAAAGAUCUCGGCAGUAGGCCCCUCGACUCACUACCCGAGUCACCCUGCAGGCCAUAUUCCAAGAGGAGGGAAUCAGACAGGGUUUUUUUCCACAGUAAAAUCAUGAACCGAGCCUUAGACAGCUACUGGUGUCAGCUAUCUUUUUUGCAAGACUUCGGGAAGUAAACAUUUUCAUGUAAUUUCUUACUUGUUGUAAUAAAAUCCUUUCUUGUUUUAA